AUGAAAGUCUUUUACAUAUCGGUGCUGUUGGCCCUCGGCGCGAGUGCUCGUCAAAACUCAAACUUUAAUGUCACACCUGAAUAUGCGGAAUCACACGACUGCGGCAGCAAGUGUCAGCAGAUUCUGGAUCUGACCAACAGAGCGGACCUCGAUUCUGUAGGGCACGACUUUUCAUUCGACUUUUUCGCUACGGCUGCCAACUUUUCUACUGCCACUCAGCCAGGUGAUGUGCUUAAAGUUGAGGCCCUGAACGUUUCGAACCUCGACGUCGACUCAGGAACGACCGUGUACAGGAUUCAGUAUGCCUCUAGGGAUCUAGAUGGGGAAACGGUGCCGGCAACAGGGUUCAUUGCGUUUCCGUAUACGCCGCAUUUUGCGGGUGGAAGUGCAGGAAAUGGAACGAGGUAUAAACUUGCGGCGUAUGCUCACGGCACGAUUGGCUUGUUUGAAGGAUGCGCGCCGUCUAAUAGCCCCAACUUGUACGACUAUAAUACAUGGAAGGCCGCUGUGCAGAGGGGGUAUGCGGUCGUGGCGACGGACUAUGCUGGUCUGGGGAAUAACUUUACGUCGCACAAGUAUUUGACGCUGCCGGCGCAGGUGCACGAUGUGUAUUACUCGGUGGUGGCGGCGCGGAAGAUAUUUGGUGAGGCUUUGACGGGCGAAUGGGUGUCGUUUGGGCAUUCACAGGGGGGAGGGACGGUUUGGAAACUCGCUGAGAGUGAGUAUGUGAGGAAUGAUGCGAGGUAUUUGGGUACGGUUGCACUUGCGCCGGCUACGUAUAUCAUCGAUAUGCUGAUGGGGAAGUAUGGCGAGGUGGAUUUUUCGGGAUACUUGUCCUUUUUGCCUAUUGCUGCGGAGAGGGCAUUGCCGGGGUACAAUGCCUCGUUUCUGUCUGAUGUCAUGAGAAAGAGGAUCGAGUUGGCUACAAAGGCACAGCUGUGUAUUGCGGGUAUGCUUGCUCUGCCGGCGGACUUGAACAAGACGCAGAUUGUUUCGCCGGAUGGACUGGCCAAGGAUAAGGAUAGGUUACAUGAGUGGCAGAGGAUGCUUUCUCCGGCACAAGGGGAUAGAUCUUCUGCGCCGGUGUUGGUGGUGCAGGGUUUGAACGAUACGUCUGUUUUGCCCAACACGACUGUCCAGGCGUGGGAUGCGGCGUGCGGGUUUGGAAACGAGGUUCAUCUGAGAUUGUAUCCGGGACAGGAACAUUCUCCGCUGAUGGAGGCCUCGGCGCCAGAAUGGCUAGGCUGGUUGGACGAACUGUUUGGUAGUGUUGGCAAGGUUCGGCAGAGGCAAAAGUGCACCUCGUUAACUAGGCGGCCGUUUAGCAAUACCUUUGUCAAGCAACCUGCUGAAGGCGGAAGGGACUUCUUGAAAGCCUUGAAGAGUAUAUUGCGGGAGUGA